ACUAAACGAAAACUAACUGUACUCCCGUCUUCUGCCUGGUCAUUUCUCCACAACACAAAUAUUACAGUGGCGACGAGGUGAUUAAACUUCUUUAACGGACAUUGCUUGAAGGGAAGAAUGUUGCGUGAGUAAUGAAACUCAAAAUAAUUAUUUAAUUCGUCAGUUAUUGUUAUAUUUUCUUUCGCCAGUAAAAAAAAGGCUAAGCACUGCUAGCAGGUACAGUGUUCAGGAGCUGCCAAGUAGCAAGACUAUUGGAGUCCAGAAUAGCGACACUGCCCUCUGGUGGUUAAAUACAUUUAAAAAACUAAUUGAACCCAUUUAAAUUAGGCGAUCUCAAUGGAGAAAUAUUGUCAAGAAAAAAAAGGAAGAAGGAACGUAACACGGCAACGAGAUUGAGUACAGACGAUCCUGUGAUCACGCAAAUGCAGAUGCACUAUCAAGACUACCAUGCAAUAGUAACUCUGACAGUGAAGAUGAUAGAGCAGUCUUCCAGAUCUCUCUCAUUGACGAACUGCCCAUAUCUGCUCCAGACAUAGCAGAGGAAACAAGGAAAGAUCCAGUGCUUUCCAAAGUCUUGGACUUAACAUUAGGCGGUUGGCCAACCUUCGUAAAUGACGAUAACCUUCGUCCAUUCAUCGACAAGAAAGACCAGUUGUCCACUGAUCAAGGAUGUGUUCUGUGGGGAUCAAGGGUGGUGGUACCACCUCACAAAUUCCAGAGGAGACUGCUACCUGACCUGCAUGAGGGACAUCCAGGGAUCACUCGAAUGAAAGAGAGUCGUUUGUUCGCGAAUGACCUACCACUACAACAAAGCUAGAUGGCUGAAGUUGUGGAGCUCCAGAAACGAAAGCUUGCUGAACUGAAGCAUGAGUGUGAAACCAGGGGUCUAGAUGUGAAGGGCAACAAAGUGGAACUGAUCACACAACUACAGGCUUAUCUGGAGGAACAUGAGGAUGACAUGGGCCUAAAUGAAGAUGAUGUUCUGGGAGAAGAGCCAGAGGACCUCACGAAAGAGGAUGCCAUCACUGAGGAUAAUAAAAAGAAAUCCAUAGUGUCUGAGGAGACGGCUGAAAAGAAAGUGGUAAAAAUCACACCCCCAGCGUCUGUGGAUGAGAGGGUACAGAAAAGAGCAGAACGCUUCAAUGUCCCUGCGUCAGCUGAUGACAAGAAGGCCAUACAUGCUGCCCGGUUUGGUUUGCCCGCUGCUGCACCUCCAACUUCCACCCCAGGUGUUACUGUGAAUAAAUCCACUGCGGUCAGCGUUGAACAGCUAAAAAAGUGAGCAGAGCGAUUUGGCGGGAACGUUUCUUCAGUUUCCAAGAAGGUGAGCGCCUAGGGAUAGGGCAGCUUCUAUCCUCCCUGGACAGCUUAUUAGGUACACCUAUCUAGUACUGCCUUAGACCCCCCCCCUUUGCCUCCAGAACAGCCUGAAUUCAUCAGGGCUUUCUAAAAGGUGUCGGAAACAUUUCACAGGGAUGUUAGUCCAUGCUAGUGCGAUAGCAUCACGCAGUUGUUGCAGAUUGUACGGAGGUACAUUCAUGCUGCGGACAGCCUUUUCCAUCUCAUCCCAAAGAUGCU